GUAAUUAAGAUACAAAGAUAGCUUUUUCCUUUUUUCUGAGAAGUAAAGGGCCAGCUUAAUUACUUUCCAUCAACCAGAAAUCAAAAGAUGGCUAAGAUCAGUGGUUCAGCUCCAUCCAUUUUUCUUGUGAUUCUAAUUGCCUUCGCUGUUGGAUUAACCAUACGAUCAGAAGCAAGAAUUUUGGAAGAUCGUCGUCUCUCUGGCUUAGGAAAUGCAGCUAUAGGAAUUGGUCGCACGACAAUUAGCGUUAAUGUCGGAAAUGGAAAUCCAGCUUUAGAAGCUGUUAUCUCCAUUAGUCCAGCAGCCGGAGGUCCAGUUGAAUCACCCAUGCAUGCGCCCGGAAAAGUCGAUGCCACCACCGGCUCAACAGCCAUCGAUGUUCGGGUCGGAACUGGAAAUGUCGGUGGGGAAGCUGGUGUCUCCAUUAGCCCAAUAGCCGGGGGUCCAGCUGAAUCACCGGUUCAUGCAACCGGAAAAACUGAUGUCUCUAUUGGCGCAUUAGUCGACGGUGGUCGUGGGAAUAGUGGUGUCUCCAUUAGCGGAAAUGCGGGUGGUCCGGCUGAAGCACCGGGAAAUGCAUCUGGAGGAAUUAGUGCCACUGUGAGCUCAACUGACCGCGGUGUUGCUGUUUCUGGAAAAGGUAAUGUCGCAUCCGUAAACGCAAACAGUCAUGCCACCGGUCACAUUCCCGCCGCUCGUAACUAGAAGAAUCAGCCACCGAAUUGCUUCAAUGGACAAUGGUUGAACGGAUUCUCUGAAGGAUUUGGAGCUGUUCCAGUUUCUCUUUAUAAUUAAGAUAAUGAAAAUGCUCAUUGUGUAUGCUAUUACGUUUCAUGAAAAAUUCGGUUAUAAGGUUUUUCUUUUUUUCAUCAUAAUGAAGCAGGCAAGACCGAAUAUAACCUUAUCUGAAAAUAUAACAUUCUGUAGGUAAAAAUUAUCGAACAACUUGUGUUAUAACUACGUUAGUAAAAUGAAAACAGCAAAAAAAAUCACUACUCUUUUUUCUUUUGA